CUCUCACACACAUUAGUACAUUACACAUUUACACAUAAACACUUGUAUAGCAGAAUCCUCUCACAACACUCAACUCAACAAAUCAACAAAAUCCAACAAAAAAACAACAUUGUUUUCCCUUUUCAAUCAAAUCCCAGUUAUCCUAUUAGAUUCUUCAUCCCCUUUAUACUGUAUCUGUAUAAACAAAUAAAUAAAAUUUAUUCAUAGCCUCACAAAAUUUCUCUGGCCAAAAACACCCACAUACGAAAAUGUCAGCUUCUCUCUCCGUGCGGCCCACUAGCCCCGGAUUUCAUCGGGCCACAGCCCAACCCAGUUGGCCCAGGCGUUGUUGGGCUGUCUCUAUACCCUCCCGGCGUACAUUUCCGCCCGCCACCGUGGUCCGGGCUGGGUCAAGGGCGGACGAUUCGGCGCCGUUUGGGAUGUCGGUGGAGAACGCUUUGAAGCUCCUGGGUGUGUCGGAAGGGGCUUCGUUUGAUGAAAUUUUGCGUGCCAAGAAAUCAAUCAUAGCUUCUUGUAAUGAUGACCCUCAAAUUAUUGCUCAGGUAGAAGCUGCAUAUGAUAUGUUGCUCAUGCAGAGCUUAACACAGCGCCGAGCUGGAAAAGUCGUGAACAGCAGUGUUCGUUUUGCCGAUGUCAAACCUGCUAACUCUCCUAGCAUGGGAACGAUGCCUCAGUGGCUGCAGUCAUCAAUGAAAAGUUCUUCUGUUAUGGUUGAAACACCAGCUGCAUCAGACCUUGGACUACAAGCUGGUGUUUAUGGUGCAAUGAUGGUUUUGACUUAUAUCAAUGGAGCUUCUUCAUCUGCAGGAGCGGUGGCUGGAGCGGAUGUUCCGGGAUUUAUCCUAGCCACCAGUUUUGGAGCAUCCCUAUACUUCAUGACGAAAAAGAAUGUGAAACUAGGGAAAGCAACUCUGAUAACCGCUGGUGGACUUGUUGCUGGGGCAGUUGUUGGUUCUGCUGUCGAAAACUGGCUCCAGGUAGAUAUUGUUCCGUUUCUCGGUCUGCACUCUCCUGCAGCAGUUAUCAGUGAAUUUAUCAUCCUGUCUCAGUUUUUGGUCUCUCUAUAUCUUAGGAAAACCAAGUGCCGUCUGACCAACUUCAAUCUUUCCAUGAACUUUGAAGCUUUGGGUGAAUCAAAAGUUUUACUCCCACACUUGAAUAUUACUCCCGUAUUUGGGAACCCGGCAGUAAGAAAAGGAGCGCUUCAACUUGUUCUGUUGCUGUUUUGAUUCCCAAUGCCUCCUUGCUGUUGGAAAUAACCUUUUGUCAACUACUCCAUAUUUCAGUAUGUAUGUAUGUAUGUAUGUAUGUAUGUAUGUAUGUAUGUAUUAACCGAAUGAUCCUUGAGAAGAAAAGUUCAGUUUGACUUUUGAAUCUUGAGCCGUCUCUAAGAAUAACAAUUUUAACAGUUUUUAGCUUUCACAUGAGUUUUUAAUGGUUGACAUUGUCUACGCUUUUUUAUUA